AUGGAGACACAAUAGGUUUUACGGAAUGAUAAUGAAGACUUAAGCUUUUUUGAGCCAAAAUAUUUUCUGAUAGUUGUGUUAAUUUGCUUUGCAAUCUAUUUUCUUUUGAAGGAUGAUGGAAAAAAAGAAACUAUUAAGGAUAAAGUAUGGAAAAAAUUGGCUUUCUCAUAUUAAGACAUGAUGAAUACAUUUGACAACUCUGAGAAGGAACUUCUUAAGCAUACUUUUCAUAAUACUAUUUUUAAUACAAAAUUUACUACAGUCAAUAAUUAUAUAAGGAAUCCUAGCAAAAAGAAAAGCAAUGUGUCUUUUGAUUUAGAUAAAAAUGUUACUCAUAUGUUUUAAGAAAAUGGGUAUUGA